UGGGCGAACGCGACCAUUUUGCGGGGGGGGGAGGGAAGCGAAGCGGCCAGUAGCGGGGACCCAGACUGAGGGCGUUGGGAGUGGAGAGCGGGGAGUGCAGACGGGGCGCACCUUCUGGCAGAGACGGGAGCGGGGCCUGCCGCGGCUGAGGGAAAGGCGGUUCCGGCGGCGCGGCCCGAGGCUCGGGGCCCAGGGAUCCCGCUUGCUCACGCGAGGGAGGGGACGGGUCCGUCACCGAAUCGAGGCUUGUCGAUUUUUCCCCCCCCCCUUGGCCGACAUCGCCCGAUUCGGGCCCCGGUUGGGUUGGAGAAAAUGUCCAGGCCGGUCAGGAACAGGAAGGUGGUCGAUUAUUCACAGUUUCAGGAAUCAGACGAUGCUGAUGAAGAUUAUGGAAGAGAUUCUGGCCCUCCAGCCAAGAAAAUCCGUUCAUCUCCCCGGGAGGCUAAAAAUAAGAGGCGGCCUGGGAAGAAUUCUCAGGAGGACAGUGAGGAUUCAGAAGAAAAAGAUGUGAAGACCAAGAAAGAUGAUUCACACUCACCAGAUGAAGACUUUGGCAGUGAGGAUGACGACUUAGGAGCAGAUGAUGGCAAAGCUGACAGUGACUAUGAGAGCUCUCAGAAAAGCAAAAAAGCAAAAAAAGCCAAACCUGAAAAGAACAAGAGAGCCUCCAAAUCCAGGAAAAGGACUGCAGAGGACAGUGAGGAUGAGAAAGAAGACCACAAAAACGUGCGCCAGCAGCGGCAGGCAGCAUCCAAAGCAGCUUCCAAGCAACGAGAGAUGCUUAUGGAUGAUGUAGGCAGUGAGGAGGAAGAGCAGGAGGAGGAGGAGGCACCAUUCCAGGAGAAAGAUUCUGGCAGUGAUGAAGACUUCCUCAUGGAAGAUGAUGAUGAUAGUGAUUAUGGCAGUUCAAAAAAGAACAAAAAAAAGGUGGCCAAGAAAUCCAAGCCAGAGAGGAAAGAAAAGAAAAUGCCUAAGCCCAGGCUAAAGGCUACAGUGACACCCAGUCCGGUGAAAGGCAAAGGGAAAGCAGGUCGCCCCACAGCUUCAAAGGCAUCAAAAGAGAAGACCCCGUCUCCCAAAGAAGAAGAUGAAGAGCCUGAGAGCCCCCCAGAAAAGAAAAAAAAAUCAGCCAGCCCUCCACCAGAGAAAUCGGGGGAUGAAGGGUCUGAAGAUGAAGCAGCCUCUGGUGAAGAUUAAAUGGCAGUUUGGGGAGCUUGUUUUGUUUGUUUUUUGUUUUUAAAUAAGAGGAAAAGAAAACAUACUUAGCAGUAGAACACGGUUUUCGCUGUGGCUUGACUCAUGGGCUUUGAAUGCUGUCUUUGCUUUCAACUGUUUAAUACAGUAUCCUUUUUUAAAAAAGAAAAAACCCUUAUACAGUAAUGUUUUUUGAAGUCACUGUUCUCUAUUGGCCAUUCUGUCCUUGUCCCCCACCAAAUCUGAAAGCCAUUUAAAACUAAAUGGGUCACUACUAAAAAUAUAUAUUUUUUGAAGGAAUGUUGCAGUUGUGAAGCAGUAGCGUAUGAGGCUGAUAGUUAAAAAUUAUACUUACAAAUCAUCAAGUAGCAGAUUUCCCAAAGCUGAAAAGGGCCUUUAAAACUUGUUCCAAAUUCACCUUCCAUCAUGUGGUUUCUGUUGACAUAAAUUCAUUCCCUCAGAAAAAAGGAGGUUAAUGAAUUCUAAAUAAAAUCUUUAUUACUCAUAUUUGAGCUUGUUAGGUUCAUGCAACUAUUUUUAAUAGGCAAUAUUCAGGAGACUUAUAAUAGUCCACGUUAGUGUUUCAUCCUUUAGAAAGGACUUAUCCAAUAGGGACGUGAUAUCCUUUGUCUCUGACUGGGUAGAAUUGCAUUCUGCUCUUGGCAAAGUGCAUUCAUUAGGCUCCAGACCUGCAACCCACCAGCUGCUCAUACCCAUUACUCCUGUCACUUUUCAUGGCUGGAUAUAGUUAGGCAGAACAUGGGAGAAAGUUUUAAAACAAAAUUUUAAAGCCUGGUUUUCUUAUGAUGGUAUGGGAAUGUUUUUCUUAGUCAUUUUAAGCAAAAAAUUUAAGUUAAUCUCAAACUAAACUCUAGUUAUGGGGAUGGGGGGGGGGGGGCUUUUUAUAAAUGUGAAGCAGUGGAUUCCUGUAAUGCCACAGUCUCAGAUCCCAUGAGUCAUGCUUAAGUGUUUCUCUCCUCUCUUUCUGUCUGUCCUCAGAAAGGCUGUGUAGUCAUACCUCUCAACCCUCUCCAGCUGUAGUGUUUGGAUGACAGACUCCCACCAGUAUAGAACAUAACUUUACCCUACCAUCACUUCUAUUUCUUCUCUCUCCUCCUUCCUGCAGCAUGGGAGUGCUUGUCAUGCUGAUCCCACACCCGUAUAUCUGCGCCUAAUGAGUCAGCAUUCUGCUAUUGAAGCCAAAACACUGGCUGAGUGGAAAUUGGAGCACUAAUAGGUUAAAACUGGGAGGGAACAGUGUUGAUGGCAGUGUAGCAGGACUGUGGUGCGUACAAAGGCAGGCUGUCCCACCAAGUUCAAGACACUUGAUCUCUGUGCAGUGGCAUUUUAAUGUGCUUUUAUCAAAGCAGCCAUAUCUCCUUUAACCCUUUAGGAAUAAAAGUACACAGGAUUUUUCCUUGAGACCUUGAUACAGGGACUGCAGUAUUUGUUGGUGGAAAAAUAAAAACUGGACUUGA